AUGACAAUUGAUUGGUAUUUGAUCGGACUAUCUAGCCAAGCCAAUUCACGGCUCGCCAGCAGCACGCCCUACCCAGCCGACACCAAUGUACCUAUUUACUCGAUCUAUUCGUCGCGGUGCUGCCUAGGUACCUACCCGCACUCCGCACGUCACUUGCCCCUCUGCCAUCCAUCAACUUCCACCUUACCCCACCACUUGACUGCACCCGAGCUUCGUUUGCCCAGUUCACGCAACACCACUGGCUUGCACACCAACCAGAAACACGCCACAAUGCCUUCCGAUCUAGAUCAACUGCUCGAUAUGGGCUUUGAUAAGACCCGUGCCGAAUUCGCCGUCAAAAAGUCCGGAGGACGUAUGAUUCCCCGUCUGCCCUUCAUUGCCCACUUCUUCCAGGGUGCCCUGCAAUGGCUCGAAGAUAAUCAAGACAAGUCUAUCGAGGAGAUCCAGGCCGAAGCCGCGACAAAGGCAGCCGAUGACGCAGAGGACGACGACACCAAAGCCCAGAUUGCCGCGCUCGAGUCUGGCACUGCAAAGUCCCUAGUCUGCAACGAAUGCGGCAAGAAAUUCCGAACUCCCGAUCUCGCCAGCUUUCACGCCAGCAAAACGCAAGUCUUUCUUACCUGUGCCUACGAGCAUACCGACUUUUCCGAAUCGACAGAAGAGAUAGCCUCCCUGACCGAAGAGGAGAAGAAGGCCAAGCUCCAAGAGCUGCGCGAGCGGUUGCAAUCCAAGCGCGCCAUCCAGGCCGUCCAAGACAAGGAAGACCACAAGCGCAACGAGCAAAUUCGCCAAAAGUCUACAAAGGAGUCACAGGAAGCAAAGGAGGAACUGCAGCGCAAGGAGCAGAUCAAGGAGGCCGCCCGCAAGCGCCAGGAGAAGCUUGACGACAUCGAGGCCAAGAAGCGUAUCAAGGCCAAGAUUGAAGCCGACAAGGCCGAGCGCAAGCGCAAGGCCGACGAGCUCAAGGCCGCGCGGGAGGGUAGGGCACCAGAGCCCGCCGCGGCCACCACCGCCGCACCUCCUCCGCCCAGGCCCAAGGCCAACCACGCCGAGGCGCGCCUACGACUGCAGACGCCUACCGGCAACAUUAUGAAGACGCUGCCGGCCGAGACGACACUGUUUGAGCUGGCCGAGGCCUUGCAAACCGAGACGGGCACGUCCGUGAGCAGCUUCUCAACCACGUUUCCCCGCCAAACGUUCCAGGGCGAUAUUGACAUGUCCAAGACGCUCAAGGAGGCGGGCCUCGUUCCCAAUGCCUCUCUGAUUGUCAAGUAG